CAACAGGAAGCCCAGGCCUCAGGCCCCGCGUCUCCGCCCGUGUCUUCCAGCCGUGGCCCAGAGCCCGCCGAGGAGAGCGGCGGAGCCCCCAGCCCCCCGGGACCCCGGUGCUGAGCCCCAGGGCGCGAGUGGGACAUGCUGGGCCGGUGCCACCCGCUGCUCGCCCUGGUGGGGCUGCUCUGCCUCGGGUCCGUCCUUGCCGAGGAGUGCACCAAGUACAAGGUCAGCACCUGCCGGGACUGCGUGGAGUCGGGGCCCGGCUGCGCCUGGUGCCAGAAGCUGAACUUCACAGGGCCGGGGGACCCUGACUCCAUCCGCUGCGACACCCGGGAGCAGCUGCUCAGGCUGGGCUGCGCGGCCGAUGACAUCAUGGACCCCAGGAGCCUGGCCGAGGCCCUGGAGGACCGGGUGGGGGGCCAGAAGCAGCUGUCCCCACAACAAGUGACGCUCUACCUGCGGCCAGGUCAGGCGGCCGCGUUCAACGUGACCUUCCGGCGGGCCAAGGGCUACCCCAUCGACCUGUACUACCUGAUGGACCUCUCCUACUCCAUGCUCGACGACCUCAUCAACGUCAAGAAGCUGGGCGGCGACCUGCUCCGGGCCCUCAACGAGAUCACCGAGUCCGGCCGCAUCGGCUUCGGGUCCUUCGUGGACAAGACCUUCAGGCACGUGCUGAAGCUGACCAGCAACGCCGACCAGUUCCAGGCCGAGGUCGGGAAGCAGCUGAUCUCUGGAAACCCGGACGCCCCCGAGGGCGGGCUGGACGCCAUGAUGCAGGUCGCCGCCUGCCCGGAGGAAAUCGGCUGGCGCAAUGUCACGCGGCUGCUGGUGUUUGCCACGGACGACGGCUUCCACUUUGCGGGCGACGGGAAGCUCGGUGCCAUCCUGACCCCCAACGACGGCCGCUGUCACCUGGAGGACAACAUGUACAAAAGCAGCAACGAAUUUGACUACCCGUCGGUGGGCCAGCUGGCGCACAAACUGGCCGAAAGCAACAUCCAGCCCAUCUUUGCCGUGACCAAGAGGAUGGUGAAAACCUACGAGAAACUCAGCGAGAUCAUCCCCAAGUCGGCCGUCGGGGAGCUGUCUGACGACUCCAGCAACGUGGUCCAGCUCAUCAAGAACGCCUACAACAAACUCUCCUCCCGGGUCUUCCUGGAGCACGGCGCCCUCCCCGACACCCUGAAAGUCACCUACGACUCCUUCUGCAGCAAUGGAGUGACAGUCACGGGCCAACCCAGAGGGGACUGCGAGGGCGUGCAGAUCAACGUCCCGAUCACUUUCCAGGUGAAGGUCACGGCCACAGAGUGCGUCCAGGAGCAGUCAUUUGUCAUCCGGCCGCUGGGCUUCUCGGACACGGUGACCGUGCGUGUCCUUCCCCAGUGCGAGUGCCAGUGCCGGGACCAGAGCCGGGAACACAGCCUCUGCCAGGGCAAGGGCUCCUUGGAGUGUGGCAUCUGCAGGUGCGAGGCUGGCUACAUCGGGAAAAACUGCGAGUGCCAGACGCAGGGCCGGAGCAGCCAGGAGCUGGAAGGAAGCUGCCAGAAGGACAACAGCUCCCUCAUCUGCUCGGGGCUGGGGGACUGCAUCUGCGGGCAGUGCGUGUGCCACACCAGCGACGUCCCCAACAAGCAGAUCUACGGGCGGUACUGCGAGUGUGACAACGUCAACUGCGAGUGCUACAACGGCCAAGUCUGCGGCGGCCCCAAGAGGGGCCUCUGCUUCUGUGGCACCUGCCGCUGCCUGGAGGGCUAUGAAGGCUCCGCGUGCCAGUAUGAGAGCACCGAGGGCUGCCUGAACCAGCGGAAGGUGGUGUGCAGUGGCCGCGGCCUGUGCCACUGGAACCAGUGCGAGUGCGGGUACCCCUACCAGCCGCCCCUGUGCCUGGAAUGCCCGACCUGCCGCUCGCCCUGCAAUUACAGCUCCUGUGCCGAGUGCCUGCGGUUCGACAAGGGCCCCCUGGGGAAGAACUGCAGCGCGGCGUGCGGGAACCUGCAGCUGUUGGACGUCCCCGCCCAGAGCGGCGGCAGGACCUGCAAGGAGCGGGACUCGGAGGGCUGCUGGAUGACCUACACCCUGUGGCAGCAGGACGGGUGGGACCGCUACGACAUCCAUGUGGAUGAGAGCCGAGAGUGUGUGCCCAGCACUGCGGCCAUCGUGGGGGGCACGGUGGCGGGCAUUGUGCUCAUCGGUGUCCUCCUCCUGGUCAUCUGUAAGGUCCUGACCCACCUGAGCAACCUCCAGAAAAACCCUUUCAAGAAGGAGAAGCUGAAGUCCCAGUGGAACAACGAUAACCCCCUUUUCAAGAGCGCCACCACGACAGUCAUGAACCCCAGGUUUGCUGAGAGUUAGGAGCCCUUGGAGAAGAGAAGGCUGCCGGGGCCGGCCAGACGGGACCCCUCCAACCACGUCACCCCCCUCGUGCGACCGUGGCACGGCGGCACCCAUUAACCACAAAUCCACUGUUUUUCCUGCCCUCGGCAUGACAGACGUGGCCAGGUGUUUACCCAGACGCCCCGGAAGGCACAGCACCCCCCCCCCAUGGGCACCGUCUUCCCAGACACGUGAGAAAGGACUGCCGAGUCCUGGGGGGCUGGAUCCGUGGGUCCUGUGUAAGUUAGGACAGCAGUCUGAUUAAAGGUGGCGCAAGUUUAUUUAU